ACGUGUUUUCGUUUCCUCCUCUUGUACACAGUGUCCGCCUCUGAAACCUCCACCUCGGUUCCCGAAAUUCGACUAACAAGUCACUACCUGCUUUUUCCUGUAGCCCUCAGUUACGCGAUUCCCCUGGACAAACACUCCCAAGAAUGUCGUGCGACAGAGAGACAGAGAGAGUUCUUGGAUCUUUGUGGGAGCAACAUGACAUCUAAAAACAGGCUCGGUGGCAUUCCCUGUUUGCAAUCACCGCAGAAAUGAGAACAGACGUACCUGCAACGCCCUGACAGGUGGCCACCUUGCUGAGAGGGUGUGGGAGUGUGAUGACGAUUAUACAACACUCAUUAUAACCACGAGAGACUUGUGACUUGACGUGUGAGAAUCUCUGAUUGUGUUGCUGCCUGUUUGAAAGCAGCUCAGUAAUCCUGGAUCAGAGAGGACAAAGGGCCCCCGAGUGCUGGUGAUGUAAGCACUGUGUCCAGUGCUUACCCCGCUGCUCUCCCCUCUCCCACAUGCUGCCUAGUGGGGGGUGAGGUGAGACAGGGAGGAACAUCCCUGUCGUCGGCUGACCCUGAAGACUACAGACUGACACGCGAGCGGUGAUGCUGGCAGGCUAACGGCAGCCUGCCUGCUCUGUCUCAGGGGCCUGCUGCUUAUGACCCGGGACACAGUGGGAAGGAGAAAGUGUUGACCAGAUCACUGUAGAGGAAUGUGGCUAAGCUGUGGGGAGUGGCGGAUCAGCUCAGUGUGACCAGGAGAACAGACUCAGGGACUUUUGCUGCCUUGUUGCUACACCUAUUCGUGGAAGGCCACGUUGCGAUAGGGUCUCCAUGGACUUGCUGCAGGACUCCAGUCACACCAUGUGGGGUCUGAAUGCCCGCUUGAAGGGCUUCCUGGAGCAGGUGAACAGGCUGCAGGAGGCCAACCAGCAGCUGGAGGCUCAGAUAGCCGACUGGGGCGUCAGGAGCGCCUCACGCUCCCGGGACUGGUCCCAGCAGGAACAGACCGUUAAGGAGCUGCGUGUCCAGGUUGGUAACCUUCUGAUGGAGAAUGCCCAGCUGGCAUUACAGUCUGACAGCAUGAAAUCCAGAGCUGCUGCCGUCCAGGCCAGGUGUGAGACGGAGGAGAGGAACACCAGGCGUCUGGAGCAACAGGUGGCUCUGCUCCGGGAGUCAAAGAGGAAUGCAGACCAGAGCAGCGUGACGCUGCAGGCAGACAUUCGCCACUCCAUGACAGAUCUGCAGUCGAUGCACCAGGAGUUUCAGGCAGCCCGGGCUUUGCAGCUGCAGCGUGCCGGCUCCUGUGAUGCUGUGUUAGCGACGGCCGCAGCAUCAGCAGCAGCAUCAGCAGCAGCAGGAGGGGAGGAGGAGGAGGAUGGCACAGGGAUGGAGCUCACCCAGCUCCUCGACCGAAUCAGAGCGCAGUGCGACCAGGGCAGACUCCCCGGCCUGGGAGAGAGACACUUCGGCCUGGGUGCCGUGGCACAUCCACUCCCCGGCUCGGCCGGACCCAGCCGCUCUGGACCAGCAGCAGCAGCAGCAGCAGCAUCCAGAUCACACGGAGGAGUUCUCAGUGAGGAAGAGGCAGCGUGGACGCAGGUGAGCCUGGGCGGCGCCGCCCUGAGGGAGGCUCGAGCCGAGCUGGCCGAGGCCCGGAGGCAGUGGCACUCCCUGCAGGUGGAGAUUGAGACUCUACAUGCCUUGGAGAAAGGCCUGGAGAGCUCCCUGCAGAACACCCAGCGGCUGUACUCCAGCCAGCUGCAGGACCUUUCCCAGGUGAUCAGCGGGCUGGAGGGCGAGCUGGAGCAGGUGAGGAGCGGGCUGGCAACCCAGCGCCAGCGCCACAGCCAGCUCCUCAACACCAAGAUGAGGCUGGAGCGGGAGAUCGGGACUUACCGACGUCUGCUGGAGCGCGAGGAGGGCAGGUACAUGGGCCGUACUAGGCAGCAAAUGAGUCUGCGGUCCUGGAGUUCUUUCAUGGAGGAGCCGAAGGAGAACGGGCUAGAGAACAGCUUCAGUGACCCUGCUGUUACUCCGGACGAACCCAAGUCUGAGCCCCUGCCUGAAAUACCUUCUCUCCUCCCAGCAGGCAGUGGGCUAAAGAAAAGCAUACUGCAUAGACAGCAGAGCCUUGUGAUACUCACAGAGCCGGAGCAAGAGAAAUACUUGCCAAUCUCCACUGUGAAGACUCAGGAGAUUCUUCAGGGCAAUGUGGUGCGGGAGAGUGCAGAGGGUCAUGGCACCAUCGAGACGGAGAACUUUGACAAGGUGGUGAAGCAGUGGGAGGGCUCCUUCUUCAGAGGGAAUCCCAAGCUGCGGAAGAAGUCGGUGUCGCUGCGCUUCGACCUGCACAUGGCUGCAGCAGACGAGGGCUGUGGCCAGACCAAACAGGACAGCCUCCCCGACGUGGAGGUGUGUCUGAUCAUGAAGAGAUCGCGCAGCAUCCCGACUAUCACACAGUAACUCUCACUGCUUUUACGCUGCUCCAGGGGUUAGCACUGGUGAUUGUUGACGUUACAGAAACAUCAGCUGUGCCACUGACAUCCGGGGUAUUACCAUCCGUUGCCAAUUAAUGCGCUUUAAUGUGCGUUUUCAAAUCACAGCAUUCAUUGAACUUUUGCAUUUUUUGCACCUUUGCAACUGACGACUGAAACUUGAGAUUUCUCUCAUCAAAUCUCGACUUCUGGCAGGAUAAGCAUUUCCCAUCAGGCUAUUGUGCUGAUCUAAGCGGGCCAUUUUUUUUUUAUAGUGUCAGAAAACCACAUCAAUAUAUAUCAGAGCUACACUCAUUACCUUACAGAGGAUUACAAUGUAAUGUGUAAACAUAUUUCUUUUUCAUCAUUCUAUUUGAGGAAAAAGUGUCUCCCAAUGCUUUCACUGUUUCAGUAUGAGGUCACUGGACCAUAGAGAUUAUAUCGACCAUGCACACAUUACUACAGCCUUGAAUUGUAAUUAACACUUGGUACAGGAGGCUGAGUGCACAGCAAGAUGGAGACAAAUGAAGGAGUGGAGUCACAGAGGACUAUGAGCUGCUGCGAACUAUCUAAAGGUGGAUUUCUUUUUUUCUUUAAGAGACUGUACGGAAAUUAUUAGGGGGAGAGGGGUGCAGGAAAGUGGGAGGAUUAUGUUGUUUUUUAUUAAUUGAAUGUUAUCUCUUCAGUUAGCAAACCCUAGUUUGUCACUAUUCAGUAAGCAGGGCACAUUAUUUUGUUAUGCUUGCCAUAUGUUUGAAGCACACAAUCCUCAUUUUUUUUCGUGCACUUUUAGUUAUCAAUGGCAAAAUGAAUUGUAACAAUUCAACACAGCUAAAUCACUUUAAGAUUUUGUGGGGAGGGUGUUGCAAUUUUUUCUCAUAGUCAAGGGGAGGGUCCAAUGGAAAUACUAAUAAUGCUGCGUUUUAAAAAAAGUUAAACCUAAUGUUCACUCUCCCCCACCCUAAUAGUUUCCCUGAAGUCUCUAAAUGCUUGCACUGCAGACACAUCCAGCACUUAGAAGAACAUUAGCACUGAGAGAUAUCCAGAUCGGCUGUACUUUGAGGGUCUUCUGUCAUUACAGUUCAUUAUUCUCUCUUUGUGGAGAAAAAAAAAAUAUCUUGAAACACAAACUGAUAAUGUAGCUACAUUUUACGAUGCAUUAUCGCAAAAAAAAAAAAAAACUGCAGACUGUGAUCUUAACAGCAGUGAAGC